CAACGACCAAUUAUAAGAAAUUUGAUCACUAUCGCUAAAACGUCUGUUCUAACGAGAUAAUCAUGAACAACGUUAAUGUGUGUACUAUCAAUGAUGACUUAUUAUUCUAUCAGUAACAAGUGCAUCUUGGUGUAAAGUAAUGAUAUUGUAAUCUGUGACAAAUAUACAUUUAUGAUAGUACAAGUGAAUACCAACAACUUACGUCUAAAAAAACUUUUUGUGUGUCUUUAAAAAAUCGCAAUUUUCGUUGAAUUGAAACAACAUUAUUAAAUUGCUGAUAUUUCCCUUAUUCGGUUAAAUUUAUAUUUUACAAUUUAAGUUUUCUUAUUGAAAGUAUAUAAUUCGGAAAACUUUGAUUCAACAUUCAUCCACUUACAUUUCAUAAAAUGAAAAAUUUUGUUAAAAGAGAUUUGAAAUAAAUAGACUGAAAAAUAUUCAUUCUGGCUAAAAUGCCGCAUACCAGGUAUUUCUAAAGAAAUAAACUGAUAAUAAAAGAAUAAUGCAAAUGGCUUAUGUUGAAAAAACUAAAGAAAAUAAUACUACUAGUUGUUUACAAAUGUUACGUCAAGGAUUUUAAUCAUGAGCAAGAGAAGAGAGAGCAUACAGAAAGUGCCAAGAUAAACAAAGUCCAUAAACGAUUCAGAGAGGUCAGUCCAGACAUCGUGCCCAAGCAGAUGACGGGCGAUGAAGCUGCAACUAUCAGGGUACCUCGUGAGCAGAUGGAGAAGUUGCCUGAACUCAAGGAAAACCCAUUUAGAACACGAAUUUUGGAAGUGUUCUCAAGAGACGGAAAAGGAAAUCUGACGUUUGAAGAUUUCCUUGAUUUGCUGUCUGUUUUUAGUGAGCAAGCGCCAAGAGACAUUAAAGUGUUUUAUGCUUUCAAAAUUUACGAUUUCGAUGGUGACCAACACAUUGGACCAGCUGACAUAGAGACAGCCCUAAAGCUUCUGACCCAUAAUGAGCUCAGCCCCGAGGAGGUGGCACAGGUGUGUGAGAAGGCAGUAGAGGAGGCUGAUGUGGAUGGUGAUGGCAAACUUAGCUAUAUGGAGUUUGAACAUGUGAUUCUUCGGGCUCCAGACUUCCUGUCUACCUUUCAUAUCAGGCUAUGAGCUUUCUUCUCUCUGGUGGUGUGAAUUUACUCCCCUCCAGAUCUUGAAAUCAUCCAAAUUCGCGGCUCAUCACCUUCUUCAACUUUCUCUUAUAAUCCUGUUUUUAGAUUUUGAUUGAAAAGGGUUUUCAAUACUUAUGUAAUGAAAAAUUAAACUAUAUAAAGAAGAUUAUUUAUAUUGCUUUCAAGAAUGCAUUCAGUCUUGCACAAAUAAAAUUUAUUUUUUGAGUUUAA